AAGUGGGUGGUGGCGGGGACGGACGGAGUUUCCCGUCCCAGUAGCCGGCUGCAGCUUGUCCUGAGCGGCUGCAGAGCUUCACUCCGGGCGCGGCUGUGAGCGCGGAGGCGGCCUGGCUGCGGUCUUCCGGUGCCGAGCUCGCGCUCUUGGCUUCCCCGCCGCCUGCUACCCGGCGGUGAGCGAAGGCUAGCCCGUGCAGCGCCCUCCCGACGCUUCGUCGAUCCUCGGUUAGGCCGCGCCCUCAGGCCCAGUCCUUGGCGACCCCGGCAGGUGAUGCCAAAUACAGCCAUGAAGAAAAAGGUGCUGUUGAUGGGGAAGAGCGGGUCGGGGAAGACCAGCAUGAGGUCCAUCAUCUUUGCAAACUACAUCGCCCGCGACACCCGGCGCCUGGGCGCCACCAUCGACGUGGAGCACUCCCACGUCCGGUUCCUCGGCAACCUGGUGCUCAACCUCUGGGACUGUGGCGGGCAGGACACCUUCAUGGAAAAUUACUUCACCAGCCAGCGGGACAACAUCUUCCGCAACGUGGAGGUUUUGAUUUACGUGUUUGACGUGGAGAGCCGGGAGCUGGAGAAGGACAUGCACUACUACCAGUCCUGCCUGGAAGCCAUCCUCCAGAAUUCCCCCGAUGCCAAGAUCUUCUGCCUGGUGCACAAGAUGGAUCUCGUUCAGGAGGACCAGCGCGACCUGAUCUUCAAAGAGCGAGAGGAAGACCUGAGGCGCCUGUCCCGCCCCCUGGAGUGCGCUUGUUUCCGAACGUCCAUCUGGGAUGAGACGCUCUACAAAGCCUGGUCCAGCAUCGUCUACCAGCUCAUCCCCAACGUGCAGCAGCUGGAGAUGAAUCUGAGGAAUUUCGCCCAGAUUAUCGAGGCCGACGAGGUUCUGCUUUUCGAGAGAGCUACGUUCCUGGUGAUUUCCCACUACCAGUGCAAGGAGCAGCGCGACGUGCACCGCUUCGAGAAGAUCAGCAACAUCAUCAAACAGUUCAAGCUCAGCUGCAGCAAGUUGGCCGCGUCUUUCCAGAGUAUGGAGGUGAGGAAUUCCAACUUCGCCGCCUUCAUCGAUAUCUUCACCUCGAACACGUACGUGAUGGUGGUCAUGUCGGACCCAUCCAUCCCGUCUGCAGCUACUCUGAUCAACAUUCGAAAUGCCAGGAAACAUUUUGAGAAGCUGGAGAGAGUGGACGGCCCCAAGCACAGUCUCCUCAUGCGCUGAAGAUUCCCAAAUGCUCUUUAGCAAGAGGCCGAUUUUUUGUUUUUUGGCUAUCGUGUGCUUUACAGUGAGCUUUGAAGUGUGUGCUUACUACUCCCAAUUCUUCCCUUGUCUUUUAGCAUUGGACGCUAUUUACUCAGCUACCGGUAGAGCUUCAAGUUGGCCUUUAUGAAACGUUGGUGUGGUGUAACACUAAAGUAGGUGGUUUGUGUGUUCUGGUUCCCUGGUUAUGAUAGAUAUGCACAUUAAAGCCUUUACCAGUUAUCUUGUAUUACCAGAUUGCAAAGGUGGAAUGUUACUAUUUUAUCAACAAGGUAUUAAAAUGCAUUUCUAAAUUCUUGGCUUCAAUUAUGAAUAAACAUUUACUUUUAGCAAUUUAAAA